AUGGACCAUGGAGACCGCACAUGGACCAUGGAGACAUCACAUGGACCAUGGAGACCGCACAUGGACCAUGGAGCACUGUACUUACACCUCCUUCUUGCCUCAGGUUUCCCUCGUCCCGGCUUCAAAAACUUCACGUUUGUUGCGAUUGCCAAGACAUGGGCGGAGUCUCGGAGCUACUGUCGACAGCACCACACAGACCUGGCCAUGAUCCAAGACCAGAGCGAGAACUCUGCGGUCUUAGCCAUCUCGUCCACGUACCAGGUGUGGGUGGGUCUGUACCGAGAGCCCUGGAGGUGGUCCGACGGCAGCACCAGCUCCUUCACCAACUGGAUGAACGUCCAACCAGGAAACUCCCGGGGAAUCGAGCACUGUGUCCUGAAAAACAUAUACCAUCAGUGGAACGAUGGUGUUUGUUCUCAAACUUAUCCCUUCUUCUGUCAGAGAGGUGAAACCAGAACAUACAACUAG